UAAGCACAGUCCUUGAGGGUGACAGGCAGCUGGGAAGGGCCUGCACCCUCACAAUGGGAGGAAGGAGGUCAGGAAGUGCUUCCGGCCACUCAGACAUCUUGGAGCCUCGUCCCAGGCGGGCCCCAGGCUGUAGCACCCAGGGUUGGGCAUGCUGCGAGCUGGCUUCUGGGGUGGCCACCAAGUCAGGAGGCCAUGGUGCCACACACAGCCAGAGCUGUUGUUCCGGGAGAGCCCAGGGCUGCCAGUGGAAGUGACCACAGCUCCUGGAAGUCUGGCCAGACUUAGGAAACCGUGACAGAGGUCGGAGUAGUGCCAUGUGGGGCAACUAACAGUCUUGAGGGGGCACGGCCCAGAACCCCAAAUCAGUAUCUUAGAAGACAGCAGGGAGAGUGGCCGGAGGAGCCGAGUACUGUCACCACCCAGAGCCCCGUUUCGGAUGGGGAGCUGAGACUCCGAGAAGCACCCCAGGUUGCUCAGCGCAUCAGCUGCCACUCGGGGCCAUGGAAACAGCAGUGAUUGGUAUGGUGGCGGUGCUGUUUGUGGUCACUGUGGCCAUCACCUGCGUCCUCUGCUGCUUCAGCUGUGACUCGAGGGCCCAGGAUCCUCAGGGGGGCCCUGGCCACAGCUUCACAGUGGCCACGUUUCACCAGGAGGCUUCUCUCUUCACGGGGCCGGGUCGCCACGCUCAGCCAGUGUCAGGGGCCCGGGACUUCUGGACCUUCAUGUGAGGCCUAACAGCCCCCAGGGUUUGCUCUGCUGGUGGGUCAGACUCACCCGGCCCCCAGCGAGCCUGCCCCGAUGUCCUCCUCUUCCAAGUCUGGCAUUGCUGCUCUUCCUUGCCUGUAUCCAGCCAACUCCCUGUUGCAUUCCGUCCUGGGGUGCUGUGCCUUCCCACCUGGGAGAUCCACAGUGGUGGGACCAGGUGGGAGUCAGCCCUGGUCCCUGAGAGCUCAGCUGGAUCCGCCCACGGGAUGGGGCUUGGGAAAGGUCUGAAGAGUGAGUGACUGCACAGUGUUGGACUGCACAGUGGGCGAGCUCUUCUGAUCUACAGGGGAAGUGGGACUUACUGUAAACAGGGUUUGGUUAACUCGGGUGAACCCCAGGAUGCCCACGGAGCUGGCUCUAUGGCUACCAGAGGAAGUAGCUCUCUCAAGUGGACACUUUCACAAACCACCUCUCAUCUGCCCCCCGACUGAGCCUUUUCGCUCUUUGAAUGUGCAUGUGCCACAGAGCCCAACCGUGAGGCCUGCCCCUGCCCCGAAACUCCGAAACUAAAGGGCCGCUUCCUGGGAACAAACGGUUUAUUUUAUAAUUGAAAAUGUAUAUCCUUUUAUGGCUCUCCCAAGAGGCAGGGUUGGAAAACCACCAAAGGACACAGAAGAGAAAAUCAGAGUCGCAGAAAGUAGGGGAUAUUUUGUUAACAGAAAAGCCAGCAAGAAGACUGUGAAACAUGCUUUGAAGGAGACUUUAUCACUCCGUUCUUAUUGGUCACUUUCAUCCUCAGAGGAUGUGAGCGACUUGAGUCACUUGGGAUUGACAGGAAACCAGGCGCUCAAAGACAAGUCCAAGUGCGUUCAAACGUCACGUCGCAGUGAGAGCGUGCCACGGCGCUCUCGUUUCCGUCACAGAUAAAGAAAGGCUCAGAUUUUUUCAUGGAAGAUCUGUUUUCUCUGUACCCACGAAAUAAAUGUUGUGCCAUAUUUAAGAGUAUAGUUUGAAGGGUACAACA